CCUGAGUUGUCAGCUUGACUUAUCAUUCAUUCAUCUUUCUUCCUAACAACAGCCGGACGGAGAUUGGCAGCAUGGAGACAGCGAUAGCUACGAAGCUUGUGCUCUUCUCCUUUCAGUCCAUCGCAGGAAAACUAGGGAAGAUGCUAGAGGAAGAAGCUGCGUUGCUGGCCGGAGUUGAAGAUGACGUUCGAUACAUAGUUGCCGAGCACAAAAGCAUCACUUCUUUCUUGACGGCCAUAUCAAGCAGGCGCAAGCUGGAUGUUGAACUGAAUAACUGGGCGCAGGAACUGAGUGAGGUGGCCUACGAUGCCGAAGACUCGAUCGAUGAGUUCGAUUGCCGUCUCCGAUCGACACAAGGUUUUUUCAAGUACUUCCUUCGCAGCAUAAAAUUAUUGAAAGAUCGCCAUAGCAUAGCUUCAGAGAUCAAGAAAUUGAAGGUUCAAGUAGAAGAUAUUAAAAGAAGGCACGAUCGCUAUUUUCACCCAAAUGAAGCUACAAUCUCUGGCACCGCCACCGGCUUGGACAUGACCGACAGAUACUCCGAUCCACGGAUCAUCAGCCACUUUGUAGAGAAAGCUCAACUCGUGGGCAUCAACCAUAGUAGAGAUAAGAUCACCGGGUGGGUGAUGGACGGGAACUGUCCCCAGCUUACAGUGAUUUCUCUCGUCGGCUUCGGUGGUUUAGGAAAGACAACUUUGGCUAAGACUGCCUAUGACGAUCUUAUUAUCGUCGAAGGCCACUUCCAAUCUCGAGCUUGGAUCACAGUGUCACAAAAUUACAAUAUCAAAGAGCUUCUCAAAAAGAUUAUUCGACAAAUUUCCGUCAACGAGAAACAAAUCCGAGAUGUUUCUGGGUGCCAAGAUGCCCGUUUGAACACUGAGCAACUUCUGAACAUGAUGGACGAGUUGCAACUGGUGCAGACUAUCAGAGACCAUCUCCAUGGAAAGAGGUAUUUGCUUGUUCUUGAUGACGUUUGGAGCAUUGAAGCAUGGGAAAGCUUGAGCAUUGCAUUACCACAAGGUAUAGAAGGAAGUAGGGUCAUAGUCACCACCCGCAUUGAGGAUGUGGCAUAUACAAGUUGUUCUCGUAAUCGUCAAUUUAUAUUUAAAAUCUCUCCUUUAUCACCCGAGAAAUCUUGGGAGUUAUUCUGUAGAAAAGUAUUUGAUGCACCUGACUAUAAUUGUCCUCCAGAGCUACAAAAUAUUGGCAGAGAAAUCGUGCAAAAGUGCGAUGGACUGCCACUUGCGAUUGUGACAAUCGGAGGUCUUCUAGCUUCCAAGCCUGAUAAUAAAUUUGAGGAAUGGAAAGAAUUGCGCGACCAAUUUAGUUUGGAGAUACAAACUAAUAAAAAGCUGUCGAAGAUAGAUCAGAUACUAGGUUUGAGUUACAAUGACUUGCCUUACGAUCUCAAGCCUUGCUUCUUGUUCUUAGGCAUCUUCCCUGAGGAUUAUGAGAUUGAUCGGAAGCGUCUGAUGAGACGGUGGAUUGCUGAAGGGAUUGUGAGUGACGUAGGCAGCUUCCCCGCUGAGAAAGUCGCCGAGCGCUGCUUCAACGAGUUGGUGAGUCGCAGCUUGGUGCAGCCAUCAAAAUUCAAUUAUAAUGGGACAGUGAAAUCCGGCCGUGUCCAUGACAUGAUGCUCGAAGUCAUAAUCUCGAUUUCAAGAAAGGUGAACUUUGCAGUGCUACUGAAUGAGCACCCCACGAAUCUGCCGCAAUAUCAGAAGAUAAGACGCUUAUCAUCGCAUGAAGGAAGCAGUGGACUAGUGCCUAACACUGAUCUAUCCCACCUCCGAUCCUUCACUUCAUUUGGUGAGGAUGUACCACCACUGAAGGAUUAUAGAAAACAUAGGCUGUUGAGGGCAAUUGACCUGGAAGGAUGUACAGCAGUUUAUCAUUUCCACCGCAAGAGCUUUUCCAAGUUGCUUCUUUUGAAGUACUUGUCUCUAAGAAAUACUGAAUUAUCUGAAUUGCCAGAUUCAAUAGGAGAUUUGCAGAAUCUAGAGUUUUUGGAUAUAAGAGGAAAUGCUAUUAAAGAACUACCCAAUACCAUCGUCAAACUCCAAAAACUGGUUUAUCUGCUUGCUGGUCGUUUUUGUAGAAAUCCUACUUUCAUAAACUUGAAGGUCCCGAAAGAAAUAAGAAAGUUGAAAGGACUUCGCGCGUUUGGAACGGCAAGUGUUGAUGAUGAUGUGCAGUUGCUACAGGAGAUUGGUGAGCUUGUCAACCUCGAGAUGCUUAGCAUCUGUUUUGGUGAUUAUGAUGUAUCACAUGGAAUGCUGAAGGAGAUUAAUCCCCUGCUCUCGAAGCUCAAUGGCAGUCUUCGAUCACUAACAAUUAUACAGUCAUUUGUUAAUUUGAAAAAGGCACUCGAUGAGGUAGCUUCACCGCCAUUGUUGCUCUGCAAGCUUCAUAUACAAACCAUUCUUGGCGGACUGCCUGGUUGGUUUGCAUCUCUGAAGCAGGUUGUUAAGAUAACUCUGUGCAACACACAACUGCAGCUCCAGGAUCUGCAAGUCUUGAGAAAUCUCCACACUUUGGUCAAGCUUGUCCUAGAAACUCGCUCAUUCGUUAGAUAUGAACAGGAUUUGGUCUUCGAUCAGAGAUGGUUCACAAAUCUCAAGUUCCUGAAAAUUCGACGGCAGUGUGUGAGUUUCGAAGAAGGUACACUCCAAAGCCUCGAAAUUCUUAAAAUGUCUUUUUUUUUCCCUGGAUGGAGCAUCAAUGGCAUAGAACAUCUGCAUGGGCUAAAGGAGAUUCACGUGGACACUAGUGAUAUGCAUAUAAAAGAGAUGGUAAAAAAUAUUGCAGCAAACCAUUCAAAUCGUCCCAAAUGUUUUGCAAUAACAAACCGGUUUGCUUAAGGCAUAUGAUUUGACAGAGAGGAAGCAGAGCUUUCUGUCAAUGCAAAGAUGACUUUAUUAAAGGAUCUGGUGUGGUGUGUAUUCUAGUUCUGCUGUCCAACUUAUCCAUUGUUAAUAUCUUCUAUUAUGUUCAAUUCUCAAACUUGUUUUGCUAUUCAAAUUAUCCUUUGUCAAUCUCUUCCACAAUGUUUGUUCACUAGUCUUUGUAUUUCUGAAGCAGUACGUAAUCUUCAAACAUUGUUGUCUUAAUAAAUUGAUAUUCAAAAUAAGAGUGAUUA